AACUAAUGACUAGUAUUUAAUUGAGUACUUUCCUCAUCCUUGAAUACUAUAGCAGAAUAUAUCCUCCUAUCCUAUGGAAGAUAGCUUUUAGGAGAGUUAUAAUCCAUUGUAAACAAACAAACAGUGAGUAAAUUUCAUAUUAGUGUACCAAAUGAUGACCGUGUCCAAAACCAACAAGGAAGCUGCACUCAAAACCAAUCCUUGUUUUGAUUCAAUGUGCCCUUUUCUACAGAUGUGUCCUCUGCAUGUGAUGAAUAUGACACGUCAAACACCUCCUUCUGCCACUCAUCACCGCGUGGCAUGUUCAACUUCUUCACAAACAACAUGUGUAUCUGGAUGCAAUCAUCAUCAUACACACACAACUAUCAGCAAUGUGCCCCACUACUAUAUCUUUACCCCACACAACAUCUUAAAAAGCAUCCUCCAUAUCUUGCAUUCACUUCAACAUCCACAGCAGAAACCACAUUUUCAGCCUCAGGAGAUUUCCAAAAAGCAUUUUGGUGAGCAUGGCUUCUGGUGGACAGAAAUUCCCCCCUCAGAAGCAAGAGACACAACCUGGCAAAGAACAUGCCUUGAAUCCAACACCCCAAUUCACCAGCCCAGAGUAUAAACCAUCAAAUAAACUUCAAGGGAAGAUAGCAUUAAUCACUGGUGGUGACUCUGGAAUUGGAAGAGCAGUGUGCAAUUUAUUUGCAUUAGAGGGUGCAACUGUGAUUUUCACCUAUGUGAAGGGACAAGAGGACAAGGAUGCGAGGGACACUAUUGAAAUGAUAAAAAGGGCUAAGACUGCAGAUGCUAAAGAUCCACUGGCUAUACCAGCUGACCUUGGUUUUGAUGAGAACUGCAAGAGAGUGGUGGAUGAGGCAGUGAAUGCUUAUGGCCGCAUAGAUAUUCUGGUCAACAAUGCAGCUGAGCAGUAUGAGUGUGGUUCAGUGGAGGAGAUUGAUGAGCCAAGACUUGAGAGGGUGUUCAGAACUAACAUCUUCUCAUAUUUCUUCCUGACCAGGCAUGCCCUGAAGCAUAUGAAGGAAGGAAGCAGCAUUAUCAACACAACAUCAGUGAAUGCAUACAAGGGACACCCUACAUUACUGGACUACACUGCCACCAAGGGUGCCAUUGUGGCCUUUACCAGGGGCCUUUCCCUUCAGCUUGUGAGCAAGGGAAUAAGAGUGAAUGGGGUUGCACCUGGACCCAUAUGGACUCCAUUGAUACCAGCCUCUUUCAAGGAGGAAGAAACUGCUCAAUUUGGUGCUGAUGUGCCAAUGAAAAGAGCUGGCCAGCCUGUUGAGGUUGCCCCCUCCUAUGUGUUUCUUGCCUGCAACCAGUGCUCCUCCUACAUAACUGGCCAAGUCCUCCACCCCAACGGUGGAAACGUGGUGAAUGGGUGAUGAGGAUGACUCAUGCAGAAGUUGAAAUCGAUAUCAUAUGUAACCGGUUUUGUGGUUCUUUGUGUACCUAAACUGUGUAAAGAAUGGCAAAAAAGCAGUUAUCAUAGCGCUCUAUAUGAGAGAAUAUGUAGCACCCCAGCUCUUCUGUAGUUUUGCUUUUGAAUGUAAAAACCUUGAGAAAUAAGAAACUAAUAAAUAUACCAGUUCUUUUGCUAAAGUAUGUUUUAAAUAAAACUGAAGUGUGGAUAUGUGACUUUGUAUCGUCAUAAUACUAAUACAUGUUUGAAAACUCAUUCAGAACUCAGAAUCAAUUUUAGUGUGGUUAUGUGACUUUGUAUCGUCAUACAUGUGAAAAUUUUUGAAAUAGUCAAAUCUGGUGGACUUCCAUAAAUUUUAACGAAAGUUACUUGUCUACCGUAGCUUUCA